UAUUGGAAUUUUGUGUAAAUGCAAGUUGUCAUCUAUGCCAGAUAGGUAGUUUAAUUAAAAUCUCUUGAUUUUUUAAGCGUCCGUGCUUCCCAGGUGGACACUUUUAUAGUGAGUUCACAUGAUAAACGCAUCCUAAUAGUUUAUUCCAGUUGGUAAGAAUGUCUUCAAUCAAUCAGUUUUUCUUAUCCUAAAAUUCAAUAUAAAGAAAAUCCUCAGGAAGUCGUUGACAUUAAGAAACACCAGAAAGUGAAAACCGUGAUUAAUUGAAGAGAGUAGUUAAAGUUAGAGAAUUACAAUCAGUUUCAGAAACCCAUUGAUCUGUUCUGUUUUAGAGAAAGAUAAAAAAAAAUGGCAAACGCAGAUGAAGUUAGUAACAAGCAAAUUAUUUUUAGAGAUUACAUAUGUGGGUUUCCAAAAGAAACAGAUAUGUUACUAAGUACAACUGGAACAAUUAGAUUGAAAGUUCCCGAAGGAUCAAAUUCUGUUCUGUUGAAGAAUCUUUACUUAUCUUGUGAUCCUUAUAUGAGAGGUAGGAUGACCCAGUCUGAUAGUUAUGUUGCUGCUUUUACUCCUGGGAAACCAAUCACUGGGUAUGCUGUUUCCGAAGUGUUAGACUCGGGAAACCCAAACUUCGAGAAAGGUGAUUAUGUGUGGGGGUUUGCUGGAUGGGAGCAGUACAGUUUCAUCGAGAAUCCUCACCCUAUGUCCCUAAUGAAAAUAAGCUACACUGACGUUCCUCUUUCAUAUUACACAGGAAUCCUUGGUAUGACCGGUAUGACUGCUUAUGUUGGGUUCAAUGUGCUUGCUUCGCCUAAAAAGGGAGAAUCUGUAUAUGUAUCUGCCGCAUCUGGUGCAGUUGGACAGAUGGUUGGCCAAUUUGCAAAACUCAUGGGUUGUUAUGUUGUUGGAAGUGCUGGAUCUAAAGAAAAGGUUGAUUUAUUGAAGAACAAGUUUGGAUUUGAUGAUGCUUUUAAUUAUAAAGACGAGCCUGACUGGACUGCAACUUUGAAAAGGUAUUUCCCUAAGGGAAUCGAUAUCUACUUUGAGAAUGUGGGUGGAAAGAUGCUUGAGGCUGUCCUCCCAAAUAUGGCUAUCCAUGGUAGAAUCCCUGUCUGUGGAAUGAUUUCACAGUACAAUCUUCAGCAACAAGAUGGGGUUCACAACUUAACUCAACUUCUCAAGAAACGUGUUCGUAUGGAAGGGUUUAAUGUUUCUGAUCAUUAUCACCUUUACCCAAAGUUCAUGGAACUGAUGAAGCAGUAUUUCACGGAUGAAAAGUUAGUUUAUGUUGAAGAUAUGGUGGAAGGUAUUGAGAGUGCUCCUGCUGCGUUAAUUGGUCUUUUUACUGGCCAAAACGUUGGGAAGCAGGUUGUCAAAGUUUCUCAUGAAUGAUUUACUUCAUAUGUGAAAUUUAUUUCUCCUUGGAACUCUAAUCUAAGAACAAACAUGAUGUGAAACACACUGUUGGGACUUGGGAUGUGGUUAAUAACUGGCUUGCUAGUGAAUUCUAUUAUCCAUGGAAUAGUUUUUCUUUUUUCCUC